GAUAGGCCUCCACUUCCAUCCACAGGCAUGGAGACCUCUUCCAUGGACCCGUUCGCCGCCCACCCAUCGCAGGAGAUUGAGGACAGCUCCACACUCUCGCUCGACUCAGACGCGCAUCAGGAGGCUCUCCUGAUGUUCAUUCACAACCAAGCACUCGAGGUGAGAAACCAUGAGAGCGAGAGAUCCACCCAGGCAGCGAUGGAUGGAUGAUCUUUGUGUCCGUUAAUUAACGUUUGUGGGCUUGUGUGUGAAGGUGAAGGCAGUUCCUGUGGACUACUGCAGCAUCCGCAACAAGCGGUUGCAGCUCUACAUCGACACAAAUGCUCGCGACACGGUACCGACACAGGCAUGCAACAAUCAAUGCAGCCAGCAUCACUUCGUCCUUUUGCCUGUCAUGACUCAUGACCCACAUCUCGGUGGAUGGAUGGAUGGCUUUGUGUGCCUGCAGGCGGUGAGCAUCGUCAACGAGUUCAUCACGAGUUCACAUGAGUGGCGGAAUGCGAAAGAUGGCGAACUGCCCGUGGAGGCCGCCUGCCGCGCCGCAGAGAUGCUCGACAGAUUCCUCUCAAUCACACCACACGUGUCACAGUGAGAGAAAGGAAGCAACCAGACCAUCCUUUCGUCGAUACUUGGGCGCUCAUCUGUGUGUGUCGGUUUGUGUGUGUGACAUGCAGGACUCAUCUGUGGGGGCUGGCGGCCGCUUCACUGUGGGCUGCACUCAAGGCCGAAGGAUACCACGGAGGCGGCAGGCUGCUGGCGCCACAUGUCUGUCAGAUGUGGAACCGGACAGUCUGUCAGAUGUGGAACCAGACUGAGGAGGCGGAGCACUGGGAGGCGACCAUCGACAAGGAGACCCUCUGUGCGUGCGAGUGCCAUCUCUAUCAGGCCCUCGAAUGGGACGUCACCUCCACUCCGUGGGCAACGACGUUAGAACAUGCCACAGGCAGAAUGCACUUGGGUGCCGUCAUAUCUGCAGACACGUGUGGACGUUCGUCAACGUGCUGAUGUUGGUGGAAGGAAUGUAUGAUGACUGGCAAUACGGUCCGUAUCCAUCUCGCCUUUCGUCAAAGUGUCUUAUCCCGCCCCCCUUUGUGUGGUGUGUGUGGGUGUGUGUCUUUGUGCAUGCAGAAGAACGUGUGAGAAGUCUGGUGUUGGAGUCGCUGGCAUGCUACAACAUCGCUGUGCGUCGUGGAUUCAGGUAAGCCUUCCCACCCUUGAGUGCAAGCAGGCAUACAUGGAUUCACCCUUGUGCUGUCCUCUGCAUGCUGUGUAUGUAUUGUAUGUGCAGACAAUCGCAGAUUGCGUGUGCUGCUGUCUUCAUCACACUCAACAUGGGCAGCCGACAAACAUACUGGGUGAGAAGAGAAGAGCACAGAUGUAUACACCAACACCUGCCUGUAUGUAUUUCCGUGUGUGCAGCCACCGUCGUUCAUGGACCUCGACGUGAGUGUCCAGGACGUCGCCAGCGCCGUCUCCGCAAUGCUCACCAACCUCCGCACGCGUGUCAGCACCAACACACACACACACACACACACACAAAUAUACCAAACAACAUCAUGAUCAGCUGCCCUCCUCGUGUGGUCAGUGUCUCCUCCACGCCAAGGGCUUCCAGCUGCACAACGUCGAGCGCGCUCUGCAUGAGAUCACGGCCUCCUCGUCGCGCCACAGCAUCUCUGCCUCAUUCAACAGAGGCGCACUCCCCCCGCGCCCCGCCACCCCACCGCAGCCCCAGGCUCACGGCAGAUCGCAGAGGAAGAGGAAGGAGAGGAAGAACCGCGACAUGUGCGGCAUGUGUGGGGCGACUGAGGGUGAGUAACUGCGAUGCGUGCAUGUGUGUGCGUGGGAGGGAGGGAUGGGUGGGAUUUAUUGUCUGUGCUUGCAGAUAUUGUGUACGGUGGGUGUGGGGGGUGCGACGCAUUGUUGUGCCUCACGUGCGAGCGGCGCGCCUAUCGUCGAAACAAUCGUAACCAUUCGCACCAACACUUCUGCUGUCGUGGGGGAGAGAAGCUUGAAUGCACUCAAGUUGUUUGCCUGCCUCUUUCUGUGUGUGCAGAGUGUCCAUUUUGUUCGCGUCAGCUCCCUGCUCAUGUGCCAUUCCCACCCCCCCCAGCCUACACACAUGAUACACCUGACCACCACCAGCAGCAGCAGCUGCACAUGCAUGACGACAACGCACUGCCCCCAUCCUACAGCGGUUAGUCAGUCGCACAGCUGACACACGCAUCACGCCGCCUCUCUUGUCACAUACUGCAGGUGACGGUGAGGGGAUGGACAACGGCGAGCGGAUGGAGCUGUGCGCCGCCCCGUUGAACUUCCCGUCUCUGUUCGCGGCCGGCCUGGACACUGGCUUCCAUGUCGGGAGGCAGGCCGCUGACAGACACCACCCCACACCCGCCCCUCCGCCACCCAAUCCCGGCAACACACAGCAGAUCGACCACAUGCACAUGGCUGUCCACUACCUCGACCACUACGACCAUGACAAACAAAUGAUGGGCUGAGGUAGGGAGGCAGGUGGAAGGAAGGGUGCGUAUCGGCAACUGUCUUGCGUGUCUAUGGUGCAGGUGAGGGCCGGAUGAGGCGUGCCCAGCCAAAUCGAAAGACCCAAACACAGCAGACAGACAGACAGUCCGACAGACAGACCGAGUCACCCCUGUGUGUAAUGUAUGCGAAUGAUGCAUGAGAUCCCGUGACAUGACUUGACAGAUUUUGCAUGGGAUGGUCAAUCGCACAUAUGUCUCCG